AUGGCACAACAGCAACCCCGCAGCCGUAGCAGAAGAUGCUGUUGCUGCCUCUUCAGCAUAAUUUGGAAGCUUAUCAUAUCAAUAGUUUUCAUUGUUGCUCUUAUAUUCCUCGUCUUAUUCCUCAUACUCCAACCACGAUCCUUCAAAUUCAGUGUCAAAGAAGCCAAACUCAUCCAAUUCAACUACACCACCAAUACAAACACCCUCCGUUACAACCUUGUGCUCAACUUCACGGCAAGUAAUCCAAACAAAAAAUUCAACAUCUACUAUGAUGCAAUGAAUGGACAUGUAUUCUAUGAAGGAACAAGGUUCGCUUCAACCGACACUAUAACGGGGUUAAAUUUCCGUCAAUACACGAAGAGCAUGAAUCCAAUGAGCGGUGUUUUUUCUGGGCAACGUGUUGUGGUUUUUGACCAUGAUCAGGUUUCUAAAUUUGAAAGCGACGAGAAAAAAAAGAUUUUUCAUAUUGAUGUGAAAUUAAACUUUACGAUUAGGUUUAGGCUUGGGGAUUAUAUUUUUCCAUAUAUUAAGGGCAACAUUAAAUGUGGGAUUGAUGUUCCUUUUGGUUCUAAUGGUACUAAGCUUAUGAAUGCAUUUGAACCCACCACAUGUGAAGUUAAUUUUUAA